CACGCCGAUGAAUUUAGCAGGGGAAUGGCGCUGCUCUGUACAUUUAACAGUCGCCAUUGUUUGCUUUUGUAGCUUAUGAUAGGCGACGUACUUUGUCGGCAUAUUGUGGUUACGGAGUUUGUCUAUUUUUGGGAAAACAGUGUUUCAAAACCUUAUGUGUGUUACAAUUUGUUGUAGCUAAUUAGUCUGUCAGUAGGUCGAGCAUCCGAACGAGAGAGCGCCGCAGCUCAGCUAACUGUUAGCUAGUUUUAUUCUUUAACUUAACCUACAACAUUAGUGAGACUACUGUGAGAGGUGCGCGAACGAGCCGGCGUUAAAAGUGUAAUUCCUAAAUUGCUUGUCUGUGCGUCACAAAAAAAAAAAAAAAAAACUUGAAUCAGGUGACCUUGAAGUAACCAAAAGAGGAGAAAAGAGCCGGCGGUGUUCACACACACAGUGUGCCGUGAGGUGAGGAGGACUUCCUGGAACUGUGUUCGAACUGAAGUCAAGUGGACAGUCGACCGUCCUUCUGGUUCUCUGACUGCCGGUCCGACGGCUCCCUGUGUCUGUCACCGGCGUUACAGCCGCAGGAACGGAGGUUUGACUGCGGCGCCGGACUCCGGAGCUGCUAAAACUUCGCAGCUCGGUCGUAUUCGCUGAGCAUUUACCAACCUCAGAGCAAGAGUGGGGAGGGUGCUUUUGGGUGGCUUCAGAACAGAGAGGAGGUUUGGCAGAGAAAGACCAGAAGCGAUGUCGGAUGGUGACGGGAGAUCCGUACCUGUCCCGGGCCUGGAUGUCAGGUCUGAGUCAGGGGCUUCUGCCACAAGCAGUCAGGGGGUCUCCUCCAUGUCCCCGCCUGCAUCUGCUGUUGCCCAGGGCCCCUCCGCAUCUGCUGCUGCCACAGAGGAUGAGGAAGAGGAGAGUGAAGAUGAGUCAGAGAUCCUUGAAGAAAGCCCCUGUGGCCGCUGGCAGAAACGGAGGGAGGAGGUGAACCAGCGCAAUGUCCCUGGGAUUGAUAGUGCUUACCUGGCCAUGGAUACAGAGGAAGGUGUGGAAGUGGUAUGGAAUGAGGUCAUGUUCUCAGAAAGGAAGAACUUCAAACUUCAGGAGGAGAAGGUCAAAGCUGUGUUUGACAAUUUGAUCCAGCUGGAGCAUGCCAACAUUGUGAAAUUUCACAAGUACUGGGCAGAUGUGAAGGAGAACAGGGCCCGAGUUAUCUUCAUCACAGAAUACAUGUCUUCUGGAAGCUUGAAGCAGUUUCUGAAAAAGACGAAAAAAAAUCACAAAACUAUGAAUGAAAAGGCCUGGAAGCGAUGGUGCACUCAGAUCCUGUCUGCGCUCAGUUACCUCCACUCAUGUGACCCACCCAUCAUACAUGGAAACCUUACUUGUGACACCAUUUUCAUCCAGCACAAUGGGCUGAUCAAGAUUGGCUCAGUGGCUCCCGACACUAUCAACAACCAUGUCAAAACCUGUCGGGAAGAACAGAAAAACUUGCACUUUUUUGCACCUGAAUAUGGAGCUGUAGCUGAUGUCACUACAGCAGUUGAUAUUUAUUCCUUUGGAAUGUGUGCAUUGGAGAUGGCUGUGCUUGAAAUUCAGAGCAAUGGAGAGUCCUCUUAUGUAUCACAAGAAGCUAUUAUUAGUGCCAUUCAUUCCCUGGAGGACCCUUUGCAACGAGAGUUCAUUCAAAAAUGUUUGGAGGCAGACCCCUUGAAGCGGCCCACGGCUAAGGAGCUGCUGUUUCACCAAGCCUUGUUUGAGGUGCCGCAGCUCAAGCUGCUGGCCGCACACUGCAUCGUCAGCCAUCAGCAUAUGAUUCCUGAAAAUGCCUUAGAAGAGAUCACCAAGAAUAUGGAUCCCAAUCUUGUGAUAGUAGAGUUCAAGGAAGGGGUUCAACUGAAGCUUUCCCAGUUUCCUGCACUAGAGUUAGACAAGUUUCUGGAAGAUGUGAGAAAUGGAAUCUACCCCCUCACAGCUUUUGGAAUGCCCUGUCCACAGCAGCCACAGCAGGAGGCCGUGACAUCUCCCAUCAUUCCCCCCUCUGUGAAAACCCCAACACCAGAGCCUGCAGAAUUGGAAACCAGAAAGGUUCUUCAAAUGCAGUGUAAUAUUGAGCCAGUAGAAGAAGGGGCCAAACAUCAUCUUACAUUGCUACUGAAACUGGAAGACAAGUUGAAUCGGCAUCUAAGCUGUGACUUGUUACCAAAUGAGAAUGUACAGGAACUGGCCAUGGAGCUUGUUCAGCUGGGCUUCAUCAAUGAGGGGGAUCAAAUGAGGUUGGCCUCUGUCAUGGAAGAAGCCUUCAACAGAUUUUACCACCGUAAUGGCUCUCUGAACCCAGUCACUGUGUCCUCAUAGCAGACCUGGCACACAGCAGCUGGCCACCAUGCCCUUAUCAUUCUUCUACAGCACUGGACUCUGCUUUGCUCAUGUAAUGAACCUGGAAUAUGCUUGCAGAGACACCACAGGGGGAAGGGGUAGUUGUAUGGCUUGGAGAGGAAAAACUCUCACUGGGGUCAUACUAUUAUAUUAUCUCCCACCCCAUGUCAAUUUCUGCUUCUGUUCUUUGAAAUGAAAGUCAAACACAUUCUCAUUGUCAGUAUUAUCAGCUGUAUUUGAAAGCUUUUCUUGUGUCUGUGCAACGGUUCGGCAGCUGUAUGAACGCAAACACAGCCUUGUGCUCUCUCGUCCUGCUAGUACUGCACGCUGCCUUCCGUGUGCCAUGGGCGUCCGUUUCAGUGUCCAGCACAUGUGCUUAUGUUCUCUCAACUUACAUUUCCCACCACCCUCAAUUUCUGGUGGAUUUUUUUUUUUUUUAAAGCAGCUGGACAAAGAUGGGUUCCCCCCCCCCCCCCCUUUCUUCUCCUUCUGUAUGAACAAAAAAGGUUUACCGGGGUUCUAACAUGCACCCACUGAUGCUGAGCCAAGACUGUGAAAGGGAGAGGAGCGCAGGCAGAGUUGAUAGAAAAUAUGAAAUUGAUUUUUAUCUUUCUUUUUGUGAUCCAUUAUGUGCUGCAGAUGUUUCAGCUCAAAAAUAGCAGUUUUUUUGUGAAUGUAUGCUUCCAGUUCCUGAAUGGCCGUUUCUGAAAAAAGGCACUUGACCAUUAUCAAUUUCCAACGUUAAAUGUUUUUGCACAAAGUAAAAGCAGUUUCAUUUCAGUUAAACUUAAUCCCAGACACUUAAAGUAGUCUCCCAUUUUUUUUUUUUUUU